GUUUGAUUGCUUGGAGCUUUUUGUUCUCUCAACUUACUUCAACAUGCCUGCUAAAGUCGCAGCCAAAGGAAAGACUGCCUCGGGCAAGGCCAGCAAGAAGGCCGUCGAAGGCGAAAAGAAGAAGCGCACCCGUCGUCGCCGCGAGUCCUACUCCAUCUACAUCUACAAAGUCCUGAAGCAGGUGCACCCCGACACUGGUGUGUCCAGCAAGGCCAUGAGCAUCAUGAACUCGUUCGUCAGCGACAUCUUCGAGCGCAUCGCUGCCGAGGCCAGCCGCUUGGCUCAUUACAACAAGAAGUCCACCAUCACCAGCAGAGAAAUCCAGACCGCUGUUCGUCUGCUCUUGCCCGGUGAACUGGCCAAGCAUGCUGUCAGCGAGGGUACCAAGGCUGUCACCAAGUACACUAGCUCCAAAUAGAUCGCUUCUGUCUCAAGCAGGGCAUCAAACCCAAGCACAACCGGCUUUUUUCAAAG